AUGCCGACCUACAAGACCAGCCAGGAAUGGCUGGAGCAGUCCUCGCUCCUCCUCCAAGCCCGCCCAGCAACCACCAGAAUCACAACAAAAUACUCGAUACAACCCGUUAAACCGCGAAAGACCAAGACACUGACGGAAGAUGCCACGGUCACCGAAGACGCCCCCAUGACGGACGCCAAACCGCCCCGUGGCUCCCUCGUCCUCAAGACGUUCGACCCAGCCAGCGGCGUCACGCUCAAGUACCGCACCACCAAGGCAGCCGAGGUCUCUCGCCUCGUCACCUGCCUCGGCACCCUGGGCCGCACCAUGUCGACCUCAAAGGCGCCCGUCGAGGUCAAGGAUGAGCCGAUGGCGGAUGCCGCCAACUUGGCUGGCGGUGUUGCCCGAGCCCAAGCUGCCAGAGAGGAUACGCCCGUCGGCGGUGUUUCUAGCGCGCCGACGCCGGCUAGCGCCGGCGGCGGAGGUGUGAAGAAGAAGAAGAAAGGCAAGAAAUGA